AUGGCUCGCCACUCGUACGAUGAGUUUUGCCGGCUGCGUCAGGAGUUCUUCAACCAGGAACAGGAUCGUGGACUUGGCGCUGAUUUGGUGCUCAGUGACGACGAGGAACGGCUUAACCGGUAUGUGAUGAACCUCAAGCAGCAGGAACUCGCCAAGGGUGUGGAGAAUCCGUACGAGCUUAUUUCAGCCAGACAUUUCUUCGAGAUGGUCGCGCGCAUAAACGAGUCGCCACUGUUCAAACUGAUCCAGCAGAUGCCAAAAGGUGGCGUUUUACAUGCACACGAUACGGCCAUCGGUAGCACGGAAUUAAUCGUGCGAGCAACCCGACACGAACAUCUUUGGCAGAGUGGAAACAUUCCGCAGACGGACCGUGACCCGAUGCCGGUGUACAAAUUUUCACGCACCAAACCAACUACUGAAGGUGAUUGGCGUUUGGUGGCGGAUAUUCGUACCUCGAUCGGUAACGAAGCGUACGAUGACGCCAUCCGAAAGAUGUUCACCCUGUACACGAAGGAUCCACUAAACGCUCACCGUGACAUAAACGAUGUUUGGCGCAAGUUUAUGGCGUUAUUUAUCUGCUUCGAGCCAAUGGUAACAUACCGCCCGGUCUGGGAAGAAUACUUCUACGGAUGCUUGGAAGAGUUGCUUGCUGAUAACGUCACUUACUUGGAGUUUCGAGGACUGCUACCGCCGGUUUACGAUCUGGACGAUCGUACAUACUCCCCCGAAGACAUCGUUCAGAUGUACGUCGAUCAGUCGGAAAAGUUUCUCCAAGCUCAUCCCAAGUUUAUUGGCGUUAAGUUUAUCUACGCGCCGCUAAAAUUCUGUGACGAUAGCACAUUCGACGGCUACCUCACUCUGAUUCAGAAGCUUAAAGAACGCUUCCCGAACUUUAUCGCCGGCUUUGAUCUCGUGGGACAGGAAGAUCUCGGACGGCCGCAUACGGACUUCAACGAGCGGCUGCUUCAGUUGCCAACUGCAAUUAACUUCUUCUUCCACGCUGGUGAAACCAAUUGGAUUGGACGACGGGACGAAAAUUUGAUCGACGCUAUCCUGUUGGGAACGAAACGAAUCGGUCACGGAUUUGCCGCUCUGAAGCAUCCGGUCGUACUCGAACAGAUUAAGAAGCGGCAGGUGUGCAUCGAAAUAAACCCCAUCUCUAACCAGGUGCUGAAGUUGGUUCAAGAUUUUCGCAACCACCCGGGCGCAUUCUACUUCUCCGACAACUAUCCCGUCGUCGUGUCUUCGGACGAUCCAUCCUUCUGGUGUGCAUCGCCAUUGAGCCACGACUUUUUCGUCGCCUUCAUGGGACUGGCGUCGGCCCGAGCUGACAUACGGUUGCUGAAAAAGCUGGCACUUAACUCGAUCGAGUACAGCUCGAUGGAGCCCGAUGAGAAAGCUCGGGCUGUACAGAAGUGGACCACUGGUUGGAACAAAUUUGUUGAAGAUACACUUAAAACUGUUCCUGCUGAAUUUUAG